AUGGAGGAGUAUCUGAGACUGGGCCACAUGGAACCAGCCUCCAAGUAUGAUGUCGCUAACGCCAAUUACCUGCCUCACCAUGCAGUCUGGAAAACCACCGGGUCAGGAAAUAAAAGGAUUCGAGUUGUCUUUGACGGAUCUUAUGUUUCAGGCAACAGACCUUCGCUGAACCAGGCUCUUGCGUCAGGACCACGUCUGCAGUCCGACCUUUGGCUGGUGCUCACUCGGUGGAGGUUCCCGAGAUGCGUAUUUUCUACGGACAUAGUAAAGAUGUUCCGUCAGAUAGCCGUCCAUCCUGACGAUCGAGAUUGGCAGCGCAUACUGUGGAGAGACGAAGCUGGAAACGAAGUCCGCGACUUUCGUUUAACCACGGUCACCUACGGGACAACUUCAGCCCCUUACCUUGCUCUACGAGUUCUACAACAGCUGGCAGACGAUGAGGAACAACGAUUUCCUUUGGGCGCAGCCAUCUUACGUCGAAAUUCCUACGUGGACGACCUGUUGGCUGGAGCCGACGAUCCUGCCAAGGCUGAGGAGUCUCGACAGCAGCUAAUCGGCAUCCUCAUGGCGGGCGGGUUCCCUCUUGAUAAGUGGACGCUGAACUAUACGUCCCAAGGGGAACCUAGUGAAAGAGAUCACAAAUUCCUGCAGGCGAGCAACGAUGCGGAGACGCUAGGACUGACUUGGAAUGCGGUGGCAGACACGCUUACUGUUACCUCGGCCAAAUCGGACCAACCGUCAACCAUCCGAACUUGGACGAAACGACUCGUCCUUUCUUACACUGCUCGACUCUUCGAUCCGCUUGGAUGGGCCUCACCAGUACUCAUACGCGCCAAAACACUACUGCAAGAUCUUUGGUUGUCAGGAGCAGAUUGGGACGAACCGCUUUCAGUCCGCCUGGAGGAGUCGUGGCUUCAGUUUCAUCAAGAUCUGGAAGAGGUAAAGACUAUCUCAUUACCACGUUGGGUUAGUUACAGGGAUGCGAUGCAAGAUCACAUCGAGCUGCAUGGCUUUUGCGACGCCUCCGAACGAGCAUACGCCGCUGCAGUCUACGUACGCUUACCAAGUACCUCCACCAUGGCGAACGUGCAUCUCCUCAUCGCAAAAACGAAGCUCGCACCAAUCAAGCUCUGCAGUAUUCCGCGUUUGGAAUUAUGCGGAGCUCUGCUACUGGCUCGACUCAUGGUGGCGGUUCGGGACGGCAUACUUCCUCUACGAGCCACCUUAUAUGCGUGGACGGAUGCAUCAGUGCGGCGAUAA